GCCGAGAAUAUGGCUAUAUAAGAGUUCUUAAAUGCCAGAGGUAAAGUUAAAUAUCACAUCUACUCAUUUCCCAUUCCAAUUCUCAUUCAAACAACCACAAACCACCGCCAUCAUGUCUCUCCGUACAACUAUUUCUAUCGUUUCGGUCCUGUUGGCGAUGCAAUCAGGCGUCAUGGCUGCGCUUAACCCAAAUUGUGCUCCAGGAGGAAACUUCGAUAUGAAGCCCUGGAAGCUGCAGCUUCCCAUCGGCAACCCAGGACAGCCACAGACCAUCUCUAGCUCGCAAUUGCAAGGCUGUGGUGGCUACCAGGACCCUGGGCACAAAUAUUUCUUCACUGAGAGUGGGGAUGGUGCUCUUGUGAUGAAAGUCCCUGGAUCUCCAGACUCGGCGGGCUGCGUCACGACCCCAAACAGCAAGCACUGCCGGACUGAGCUUCGAGAGGCCAACCCUUCGGACGGGUCUGCUGCGAGCUGGAGCCCAAACGCAGCUAAAAAUAGACUGUAUGCGUCUCUAUCUGUUGCGUAUGCCGACGAAUCCAGCCAUGGCAGUGUUAUCGGUCAGAUUCACAUCGAUGACAGUAUCUCAACGAAGCCAGUUUGCGAGCUCUUCUACAACUCCAAGGGUGAUAUUUCGAUGGGAGUCGAGCAGACGAGAGCAGGCAACAAUUUACUUUUCACGCCCAUUGGGAAUAUUCCUGUUGGCCAACAGUUCUCGUACGAAAUUCGAUACGAGAGCAAUGUCUUGUCGGUCGGGAUCAAUGGCGGUGCCCAAAAAGUGCUCGACACUUAUCAGUUGAAUGCCCCCAACAGCUACUUCAAGGUUGGAAAUUAUAACCAAGGGAACAAUCCGUCCGACAUGCACUUUCUUGCUAUUGUUGUUACUCAUUAGAUCUGUGGAGGCCUUUAUAAGCCGACAUAGGCACCUAACGGGCUAUUCACCGGGAAUCUGUUCGUCAACACUGUAACGAGUUUCCCUUGGAGCUGUCGUAAUAAGUCGUCAAUCAGAGAUAAAUAAGACCAAGAAUUCUC